UUUGGAUGUGGGUCACUUUCUUUUGGGGUGGCCAAGUUAAGCACCAUGCUUUUGAGCUUUUCCAUUCCAUGUCAAACAAGUGAUUUAGUAACUCCCACUCACAUCACUUCAAUGUGCAACUUAAUCGAGAAGAAGAAAGAAAAAGAAUCACCAAAGCUCUUUAUUUCACUCAAGUUGUGUUGAGUCACUCAGGUUCAAUGGGGUGGUGUCAUUGUUCACCAUCAAUUGCCACACCAUACUAUCACUGAUUGUGUUGUGUAUCAUUCUCAUCUUCCACAUACAAAGGUGUUGCAUAAGUCCUCUGUCUUUUCUAGAACAAGAGCCAUGAAGCAAGAGUCACCAGCAUCACUAGAAGCAGCAGCAGCAACAACAACAACACCAAAAAGUGUGAUCAAGCUUCAGAACAGUUUAACUCCAUCACGUUUAAGACUUCCUUCCAAUUACAAAGAGCCUCCAAAGACUCCACCCGAGGUUGUCAAUGGGGUGGUGUCAACACCUUCAAGGAGAGCCAAGUCUGUGACUCCAGAGUUGAAGCACAAUUCAAGGGUCAAAAGGGGUCUUGUGAUGAACAAGGCCAAGCCCAAUGAAGAGGUUGUGGGAAACCAAAGGGGCAGGGAAGUUGAAGAGGCUAAGGUUGUGGCACGUUUUGUGAGUCGGCAUGUUGUGGAACAGUUUUCUAGGCCAAGGAGUGGGGAUUUUGGUUUCAAGAGGGACAAGGAGGACCCUGAUGGGAAGAAUAAGAAGGAAUUGAUGGAGAAGCUUGUGGUGAGUGAGAGUUUGAUCAAGAAUCUGCAGUCUGAAGUGCUGGCUUUGAAAGCUGAAUUGGAGAAAGUUAAGGGCUUGAACGUGGAGCUGGAGUCUAACAACAGGAAACUCACUCGGGAUCUUGCUGCUGCUGAAGCAAAGGUGGUGUCUUUGGGUAGCAAUGAGAAGGAACCAAAUGGAGAACAUCAGAACCCCAAGUUUAAACACAUUCAGAAACUCAUUGCUGACAAAUUGGAACGGUCCAUAGUGAAAAAGGAAGCCAGCACUGAUGGAUGCUUUGUUAAAGCACCAAUUCCAGCACCAACAGCAAUUCCUAGUGUUCCUGAUAAAAUAACUACAAGUAUAGGAAGAAAACCUGUACCAAACUCAUGCUUGCCACCACCACCACCACCGAUACCACCAUCAAUCCCUUCUAGGCCAAUAGCAAAAGCGAAUAAUUCCCAAAGGGCCCCUGCAUUUGUGAAAUUAUUUCACUCAUUGAAGAAUCAAGAAGGGAUGAAAAGCACAACAGGAUCAAUUAGACAGCAGAAACCGGUAGCUGUCAAUGUACACAGCAGCAUUGUUGGAGAAAUUCAGAACCGUUCUGCUCAUCUUUUAGCAAUAAGGGCAGACAUUGAAACAAAAGGAGAGUUCAUUAAUAGCCUUAUAAAAAAGGUGGUAGAAGCGGCCUACACCAAUAUUGAAGAUGUCUUAAAUUUUGUCAAUUGGCUGGAUGGUGAACUUUCAUCAUUGGCAGAUGAGCGUGCAGUUUUGAAGCAUUUUAAUUGGCCUGAGAGGAAAGCUGAUGCCAUGCGUGAAGCUGCAGUUGAGUAUCGCGAAAUUAAAUUGUUAGAACAAGAGAUUUCCUCCUUCAAGGAUGACCCUGAAAUUCCAUGUGGAGUUUCCUUGAGAAAGAUGGCCAACCUAUUAGACAAGUCUGAGUGCAGCAUACAGAGGCUAAUCAAGUUGCGAAAUUCUGCAAUGCGUUCAUAUCAAGAGUACAAAAUUCCAACUUCAUGGAUGCUUGAUUCAGGAAUCAUGACCAAGAUUAAGCAGGCUUCUAUGCUUUUGGUCAAGAUGUACAUGAAAAGAUUGAGAAUGGAGCUUGGAUCUGCUCGGAACUCAGACAGACAAUCUAGUCAAGAAUCCCUUCUGCUUCAGGGCAUGCAUUUUGCAUAUAGAGCUCAUCAGAUUGCUGGAGGUUUGGAUGCAGAAACUUUGUGUGCUUUUGAAGAGAUAAGGCAACACGUGCCAGCAGGACACUUGGCAGGGUCUCCAGAACUUUUGGCUGGAAUAGCAUCAUCAUGAAAACCUUUGAUUUGUUAUGCUUUCUUUCCAUUAUCCGCAUUGUUCAAUACUAUUAAGGAUAAAACAUAGGAAUAGUUCUUAAGUGUGGUUGGUAAUGUUCUCCAAUUAGAAUUGGAAAUUUAUCUCGAUAAUAUGCAUUUGCAUUUAAUGCAGAUCAAAUUAAUACACAUUUAUGCAUAAAUUUCCAUUUCGAAUUGAACAACAGCACCAACCACACCUAUAGAACUGUAGCUAAGUCCUAUCCUACUAUUAACCAUUCCGAAGAAAUAAGAAGGAACUUGAAGAGAUUGAUCUGAGGAAAGAACAUUCCAUAGAGUGGUUGAGCUAGUCAAGUGGCUAGUCUACUGUGGAUAAAAUCUCCAAUAUUAUUGAGCUUAAAUAGUUUUUUCCCCUAAGUUAGACCCCCUUUACUCUCUAAUUAUGUCACAAGAACAAGAAGCUUUGCAUGUGUAGGCGCAUAUGAUAUAAUUAACUUUUACUGAGUUGCUGUAAUAAACUAAUAAUUUUACAUUUUCAGUUG